GUCAUAUCUCACCUCAAACGGACGUGCUCAAGACUGAGACCCAUGCGCCGCUUUCGGACAGACAUUUCGCGAGGACAGACAACGGUAACCAGCAUCAACUUCAUUCAUCAUGGUCCAGACAGCCACGAAAGCGAGAACGGCAACCUGGUUUACGAAAGUCCUCGGUCAAGUCCGCAUCUGGGGAAGAAGGUCUACAACAGUAUGGAGCAGAACGAUCGGAAGUAUCCUUACAUACCUCUGGUCACCAGGCAACAAACAGUUUCACCGACUGAAAUUUAA